GAGUGUGCCCUGCAGGUCCGUGCUGCUCAGGCAGGCACCCCGGGGCCACACCGAGGGGUUUGACGGGCUUAGUGCGGGGCGGGGGAGUGUUUUAUGAAUGAGUUUUUACACCAGUUGAACGUGGAAAAGAUGAUAUUUGGGGCGUGGGCUCUCAGAUGCUUUACUGAACGUCAGUUUCAUCUGUUAACCUCUUUUUGCUUGGUGGCUACUGGAACAUUUUAGGAUGUGCUUGUAGCUCACACUCUGUUUCCGUUGGACAGUGCUGCGCUUGGUGAUCCCCUAAUGGGGUGGCCCAGGGACCCCUGUUGAGCAUUCAAGAGGUCAUGUGAGACUUUGGGACACCAGAGUUUAUGUGGGGGGAAAGUCUCCAAACACGGAGAAACAUCCCUUUCUUCUAACAUAAGCCAACCUUUACUGAGCCUUAACUAGGUGCCAAGUUUGGUUAACUAUGGAGGUGUAGGAGCUAUAAUUGUCACUGUAAUGCUCAUGUGAAGCAGAGGCUCAGAAAGGGUAUGUGACUUAUCCAAGGUCACACAGCAAAGCUUCGAAUCAAACAGGCAGGCUGAGUCCACAGAUUCUUACCCACUGAACUAUAAUUCCUGAUUGGUGGCCACUGACCGUGUCUAUCCAGUGUUGUUUGCUCAGUACCUGUAGUACCUUAUUGUUUUAAGGCAAAACAUCUUAAACGAUUUUACCAGCCUGGAGAAGAGCAGCAGAAGUGACAGACGUUCUGCUUUCUUCUGCUCUAAUUUGAUUGUCCAAAGCUGGCCUUCCUUCUUGAGUCACGACAUUUAUUCAGCAUUUUGGGCAGCCCUACACGUGUGAAAUCAGGAUACCAAGUGGUUGCCUUGUCCUGGUUACUCAGAGGCUGUUGAGGAAGAUGAGUUAGAAGUAGGUGACACCAACAUCCUGAGAUCUUUGCCUGCAUCUCAAGCAAAUUGUAGAAAACGUCCCUGGAAAUACUGAAGGUCGAAGAUCCCCCAGGAGACAAGUCACAUAAUGGAUCGGUAGUUUGUUCCAAGUCAUAUUUACUGAGCACAUGCUGCAGUGCGGGCACUUUGUUAGACCCUUAUGAUCAGUGUCCUCCAAUUCCAGUGCCUCCCCCCACAUACACACACACUUUAUUUUGGGGGGAAAAUGUAAACAUACAGAAAGGUUGAAAGAAUUGCCCAGUGAAUACCUGCAUAACCACCAUCUAGAUCCUACAAGUCACAUUUCUGCCAUAUUUGCUUUAUCAUAUACCAAACCACUCAUCAACAUUUUCUGUUGCAUUUUGAAGUAAAUAGCAGACUUUGGGGUACUUUCCCAUAACACUUUCAUUUGUAUUUCAUUAACUAAAGGUCAGCAUUUGCAAGGACUGCUUUCUAAUUUAACUAUCUUACUGCUUUUUCAAUGUUCACAUGGGACAUUUUAUGUGUUUGCAUUUGGGUUAUGUUUUGAUGCUGGUACCUGUCACUUUUGAAAUGAUUUUUGCUUCCAGUCAUCAUAUAUCCAAUGUGUCCUACAAGGAAAUUGCAACAGUAAAACAAGAUCUAAUCACACCAAUAAUCCUAUCAGAAGAGCCACACUUGGCUUUUUUUCUGUUCUGCGUGCAAAUGUGGUGGUAUAGUAUUUCUAAGGGGAUGGUAGAGGGCUUAUCAUCAAACUAAGGAGUGAAACACAGGUACUGUACCAACUGUAAAAUAACAGUGACAGGCACCACCACCGUUUCCUUAUGGAAAAGACGACAAGGUGAGGUGAGGGUCUGCCUGUGGGGCGGGACUGUCCCUGAGGAAAUGGAAGAGGUCCCUGGAUGUUCCUGGCUUUGUGGGCGCUCGCUGCUUACUGUGUUCCUUGCCACCACCUCGUGUGCUCACCUUUUGACUGCAAAGUAGAUUUGUUGCCUUGCCAACUCGUUCACUCUGUAAAUCCUUUUAUCUUGUUAUUAGGCUGCACUUUGGCGUAAAUUGCAAUCGAUUAGGGAUCGUUUCUCAGACUCGAGUUAGAAGUGAGAGUUCAGAUAAGUGAGGCCACCAUUGCUGCUUUGAACACCUCAGAAGGGGAGAAUGGAUUUAUCAGGAGUGAAAAAGAAGAGCUUGCUAGGAGUCAAAGAAAAUAAUAAAAAGUCCAGCACUAGGGCUCCUUCUCCUACCAAACGUAAAGACCGCUCUGAUGAGAAGUCCAAGGAUCGUUCUAAAGAUAAAGGGGCCACCAAGGAGUCAAGUGAGAAGGACCGUGGCAGGGAUAAAACUCGGAAGAGGCGCAGUGCUUCCAGUGGUAGCAGCAGCACCAGGUCCCGGUCCAGCUCUACCUCCAGCUCGGGCUCCAGCACCAGCACGGGCUCCAGCAGCGGCUCAAGCUCUUCUUCAGCGUCGAGCCGCUCGGGAAGCUCUAGCACAUCCCGCAGUUCCAGCUCCAGCAGCUCCUCUGGCUCGCCGAGUCCUUCUAGGCGCAGGCAUGAUAACAGGAGGCGCUCCCGCUCCAAAUCCAAACCACCCAAAAGAGAUGAAAAGGAAAGGAAAAGGCGGAGUCCUUCCCCUAAGCCCACCAAAGUCCACAUUGGGAGGCUCACCAGGAAUGUGACCAAGGACCACAUCAUGGAAAUAUUCUCCACUUAUGGGAAAAUUAAAAUGAUUGACAUGCCUGUAGAAAGGAUGCACCCCCAUCUGUCUAAAGGCUAUGCAUACGUGGAGUUUGAGAACCCAGAUGAAGCCGAGAAGGCACUGAAGCACAUGGAUGGAGGACAAAUUGACGGCCAGGAGAUCACUGCCACCGCUGUGCUGGCCCCCUGGCCUCGGCCGCCCCCCAGGCGAUUCAGCCCUCCGAGGAGGAUGCUGCCACCACCUCCCAUGUGGCGUCGGUCGCCCCCACGAAUGAGAAGAAGGUCACGCUCCCCAAGGCGCAGGUCCCCCGUGCGCCGGCGAUCUCGCUCCCCUGGCCGCCGCCGCCACAGGAGCCGCUCCAGCUCCAACUCCUCCCGAUAAGCAGGGCCCCCGGAGCUCUGCGCCCUGUGACUUCGAUCCCAUCCACUUCAGCUUUGUCACUUCUCUAGCCAAAGGAGGGUUGGUUGGAAAGAAAUUCCUCACUCAGGGCAGGCUUUGAGGACAGCAACUGAGACAUUUCCUCUGAAGGCAGAGUUCCAGGGGAGUGUCCAUGGUUUGGGGUUGUGCCUGUAAGCAUGCCCUCCAGUUUUCUGGCUAGAAAGCUCCCACGUUUCCAGGUCCUAAGAGAGUCCAUCCAGUGGCAAAGCCAGCAGGGACAAAGCAGGGCUCCAGGUGGUAGUGUGGCCCCAGCCUGGGGGUGGGGUACCUGUUUCAUUUCCACAAAUGACUGGGGGCCGGUCGGGGGUCCCGGUCCUGCCCUCGGUGGUCUGCAGGGUCCCUCAGGAAAGGGUGCACCUGGGUGCAGCUGCCGUUCCUACUCGCCUGGCCCUGCUCCCCUGAUCGGCUCCUCUUCCAGCACCUGUGGUCAAACGGCCCAUGUUAGUUCCGGGAAAUGGUUCUGUUUCUACGUGUACUCACGUCUCCCUUCCUCUGAAAUUGGUGAGCAUAAGGAGAGCCAGCUCUGCAGGGUCAUCACGGACCACCCCCCUGCCGCAGCUGCUGCUCAGGGUGGUCUUGCAGGUUACCUGGGCAACAUGUACAUUGCUUCUCUCGGCUUUUAUUGUACAGUCAGUACUAUAAAUUUGUUGUUUUGAGUUUUGUUACUUGUAGCAUUUUAGGCGCCGUUGUGUUUGUACUUUGUUGUGUAGAAUGAAGGGAUUGUGUUGAAUAAAGAGGAUUAGAAUACAGUGAG